UUUCUAACAAAAUUUCAUCAUGGAAGAAGAGUUUAGUGAAUUGAGAUGGUUUUAUCACCUUUUACGAUCGCUCGUUGUGAGUAUUUUUCUCGGCAUCCGGCAACUUUUCCAACGUUUGACGAUGAAACGAAAAGACAUCAAGGGACAACUUGCUCUCGUAACGGGCGGCGGCAAUGGUCUCGGACGAGAAAUUUGUUUGGGACUUGCGCGCGAAGGAUGUAACAUCGCCAUCGUUGACAUUGAUGAAAAAUCUUCCAUGGAAACUGUCGAAGAUUUGCGUGGAUUGGGCGUCAAAGCGGAAUACUACAAUUGUGACGUUUCGGAUUCGGAUGCCGUUGAAGAGUUAAAAAGUAAAGUAGUUAAAAAAUCGGGUACAGUCGAUAUUUUGGUCAACAAUGCGGGAAUUUUGUUCUCUCGUCCUGUCAUCGAAGAGACAACAGCUAACAUCAAAAAGAUGGUUGGCAUUAAUUUGAUGUCCAAUUUUUGGAUGACACGCGCAUUUCUACCGUCAAUGGUGAAGAAACGCAGGGGACACAUCGUAUCAAUCGGUUCAAUGGCAUCGUAUUUCCCAAAUCCCGCCGAUACCAUUUACACGACGACGAAAUUUGGUGUGCGUGGCUUCAUGGAAGCCAUCAGUCAGGAUCUCUACAUUCAAGGAUUGAACAAGGAAAUUAUCACAACUGCCGUUUUUCCGUAUUUCAUGAGCACAAGUAACAAAAUCGGGUCGCAUGUGAAGGACAUUUGUCGUCAUAGCUUCAUGUUGACACCGACAGAAGUCGCGAACGAGGUGAUUCAGGCCAUUUGUUACAACAAACAGGCGAUUAUGAUUCCGCGCGGCUUUGAAACGUUAUUUUACGUCAACUUUCCACGCUUCUUUUGGCACGAAUAUUUACGAACAACGUUCAAGAUUGAUGAUUCCUUAAAAUGGAAGCUGCCAGAGGAUACUGCUUGAAAAUAACUUUUAACUUGGUUCUGUGAUGCUUUUGUUUAACCUACAUGAAAA